CUCUUGUUCAUCACUCACUUGGACCGUUGGACGAAGUAUAUAAUAAGUCUCGAAUACCUAGUUUCUUCUCAUAUUCUACUUCAAACCACACCAUGUCCACUCCCUACCAAGACGCAUCAUCCCAACAAAACUCACCCUACACGUAUACCCCGACAAUAAACCCGCCAUCUCAAUUCGCUACACCAGAUCCUUCACAAUACGCAAGCUCUUCUACGCAACCACAAGUGCCACAGCAGCCCUCGCAGCCCUCUUCAUCUCAGUCCCAACCCCAGACGCAGCCCUCUAAACCGAAUGCCGAAGAGUCGAGGAAGGAUAAGACAUUGGCGGAGUUUCUGUUAAUGUUGGAUGACUAUGAUCCUUUGAUCCCGAAUGAAGUCACAGAUUAUUACCUACAGAGAGUGGGGUUUGAAUGUGACGAUGUUCGUCUAAAGCGAUUAUUGUCUUUAGCAGCACAAAAGUUCGUCUCGGACAUUGCUGCAGAUGCAUUCCAACACGCACGAAUUCGUUCGAACGCUGCAGGUGGUCGCUCCAGAGCAAUCACAGGCCCGGCCGCGGCAAGGGAUAAAACUAAAACAACUCUGAUGAUGGAGGAUCUGAGUGCUGCUCUCGCCGAAUAUGGUAUCACGUCCCGAAAGCCAGAGUUCUAUAUGUGAUUACUGAGUGGACGUCGGGCUGUGUUCUAUGGCUCAUAUGGACACUGCUAUUGUAUUUUCCUGCUGUCUAACUCUGAAUGGCGAAUUGCCCGAAGAAUGACCGUCUUCAUGCGACAAAUUCCCCGUUACUGCUGGACGAGAAUGGCAGCAAUCGACCAAACUACGCAAUUACGGCCACGUAUUCUGAAACAUAUCCACUCUUAAGCUGCCCCAAACGUGCCUGUGAAUCUCUCGCAUUCGAUUGAACAACAUAUUCUUGCCUAACGAAGAAAUUGUUGUCUUGGCG